UUGACAGCCCAUGCUCCGACACGUGUAUCCCUGCGUGUAAACUAGUGUUGAGGGAGAACCGAAAUGUCCGGAUAGCAGAUACAAACCGUCAGGCGAAGACAGACGAAGCCACGGACAUUUAUGCUGAACAUUUUUUCUCACUUUUGACAUUUUAUCGAGGGAUAUCAACACUACUUUCGAAGUGAAGCUUAUUUGAGGUGGCCUUUGGCACCCAGAGCAACACAUCUCCAAAGAGCCGAGAAGACCACAUUCAGAGGGAAGAGAUUGUUUUUUUCAAAACACUGGGAGCUGUUUUUCUCACUCUCUCUCACCAUCUCUCAUCCCAUCUGUUGGACACAUUUAUGCCAAGGCGAUUUCAUAAGGAGAAACUCAUCUACGAGUGACACUUUUUCCUCAAGUCGUAUUCACAGCAGAUUGAGGAUCUGCACACCUCUAUAGAGGCUUCGAGCCUUUAUCGCUCUACUUUUUCCUCUUUUUUCAAGCAUGAGAAGCUAUGAAAUUCUCUCCUUAGUUCUUUAAAAUACCAGCCAGCAGCUAUGAUUCAUCCCAGUAUACAUAGUAGUCCCACUUAAAGUAAAGGUUUUCCUUUUCCCCCCUGGGCUUACACUUCAAACAAGCUGUACCAGCCUCAUCCUACUCUAGUAUGAGUUAUGACAACUCUAAAAUGCCCAGCAGCAGCACUCGGGGGCGAGUGGCACGGGCCGAGGGGAAAGACGAGCAGGACGCUCAGUCAGAAGGGUUAAGCUCUACGAAAACCAACGGCGGGCAGAGCGGUGCCAACGUCCAUUCUCAGGAGCAGGAAGGCGGCGGAGGAGCAGGACGGGCCUCCUCACCCAGCGGAGGGUCAGGAUCCGGGAGCUCCACGGGACACAGAAGGGGGACAAACUCAGAUGACAUGGACGGACUCUCUAGCGGGAACGACUCCGGAGAAAGGGAGAGCGAGGGAGGGAUGAACGGGUCACGCGGGAGGCAGUCAACGCGCAGCUCCAACAGCUCGUCAAACGGGAAGGACUCCGGCAUGAUGUUGGAAACUACGGAGAGCAACAAGAGCUCCAACUCCCAGAGCCUCUCUCCCCCCAGCGGCUCCCUGGCCUACAGCCUGCUGUCCACCAGCUCCGAACACGACCCGCCCUCCACGUCCGGCUGCAGCAGCGACCAGUCAGCGCGGGUCCAGACCCAGAAGGAGCUCAUGAAGGCCAUCAAGGAGCUGAAGCUGCGUCUGCCGACCGAGCGCAAAGCCAAGGGUCACUCCAGUACCCUGAACGCGCUCAAAUACGCCCUGCAGUGUGUGAAACAAGUGCGAGCCAACAAGGAGUACUAUCAUCAGUGGAGUGUGGAGGAGUGUCACGGCUGCAGUCUGGAUUUGUCUGCUUUCACUAUUGAGGAGCUGGACACCAUCACCUCAGAAUACACUCUGAAAAACACUGACACUUUCUCGAUGGCCGUGUCAUUCCUGUCGGGCAAAGUGGUGUACGUCUCGCCUCAGGGCUCCUCCCUGCUGCGCUGCAAGCCCGAGUGUCUCCAGGGGACUGUGUUCUCUGAGCUUUUAGCUCCACAGGACGUCAGCACUUUCUACAGCGGCACGGCACCCUGCCGCCUGCCGCCCUGGGCCUCCUGCAUCGGGUCUGCCUCUUCUCCACUGGACUGCACUCAGGAGAAGUCCAUGUUCUGUCGGAUCAGUGCGGACCGGUCGCAGGGUGGCGAGAUACGCUACUACCCUUUCCGCCUCACGCCAUACCAGCUGACCAUCAGAGACUCUGACAUUUCCGAACCUCAGCCCUGCUGCCUGCUCAUCGCAGAGAGGGUCCACUCUGGAUAUGAGGCUCCUCGCAUCCCCCCGGACAAGAGGAUCUUCACCACCAGUCACACUCCCAGCUGCCUCUUCCAGGAGGUGGAUGAAAGGGCUGUGCCAUUGUUAGGCUACCUGCCUCAGGACUUAGUGGGAACCCCCACUCUGCUCUACAUCCACCCUGAAGACAGACCAAUGAUGGUUGCCAUACAUGAGAAGAUCUUUCAGUUUGCAGGUCAGCCGUUUGAAUAUUCUCCCCUGAGGAUGUGCGCCCGCAGCGGGGAAUAUCUGACCAUCGACACCAGCUGGUCUUCCUUUGUGAACCCCUGGAGCAGGAAGGUGGCGUUCAUUGUCGGACGCCACAAAGUCAGAACGAGCCCUCUGAACGAAGACGUCUUCACAACGCCACACGGCUGCGAGAGCCGGGUCACCACGCCCGACGUGGUCCAGCUCAGCGAGAAGAUUCACCGGAUCCUGGUGCAGCCGGUGCACAGCGGCGGAUCCCAAGGCUACAGCUCGCUCGGCUCCAGCGGCUCACGAGGCUCCCGGCGCUCACACCAACAGCACCUCAGUGCCGCCUCGUCCAGCGACAGCAACGGGCCAGCCAUGGACGAGGCUGCAGUCGCGUUACAUAAACCAAUGACGUUCCAGCAGAUCUGCAAAGAUGUCCACAUGGUGAAGACGAGUGGACAGCAGGUCUUUAUCGAGUCCCGUCACCGACCACUGCCCAGAAAAAACACCACCAUAGGUGUGGCAGGCAUCAGAACUGUCUCCAGCGACCCUAUCAGAGGUUUGAUCGCAGAUCUGACCAAACCUCCUAAAGCUCUGCUCCCUGCAGUGCCGGUACAGAAAGAUCCUCCUGCCGGCUACUCGUACCAGCAGAUCAACUGUCUGGACAGCAUCAUAAGGUACUUGGACAGCUGUAACAUUCCUAACACGAUCAAAAGGAAGUGCGGCUCCUCGUCGUGCACUGCGUCCUCCACGUCUGAUGACGACAAACAGGAGGCCAGUGGGAAUAACAAAGGUGGUUCAGUCAGCCUCGUAAGUGAACCACCUCCUCUGCCCCCUCUGACCAUGGCCACAAAGGCAGAGAGUGUAGCCUCAGACCCGUCACAGUGUAGCUUCAGCAGUACCAUCGUGCAUGUGGGAGACAAGAAGCCUCCUGAGUCAGACAUUGUCAUGGAGGAAGCUCCAACGACUCACAUGCCUGCUCCUGCUGCCGCUACACCACCUCGCUUCACCAGCGGCCCCAUGCCUCAGGCUAACGCCGCAAUCGCCCCUCCUCUUCCUCCUCCUCCCCCGCCGCCUCACCCUCAAGCCGCUCAGCCGGAGAGGGACAGCAGGAGGAGUGGAAGUGUAGGAGGAGGUGCAGGUGGAGCAAGUGGGCGGAUGGGUCUUACCAAAGAGGUGCUGUCCGCCCACACGCAGCAGGAGGAGCAGGCGUUCCUUGACCGCUUCAAGGACCUCAGCAAGCUGCGUGUGUUCGAUCAGACGACGUCUUCGGGGCUGCGGUGUCACACCCCGGCUGCCAACCCGCUGUCACGAGGAGUGCGUUGCUCGCGGGAUUACCCUGCUGCAGGAAGCAGCACAGGUCACAGACGUGGUCGUGGCGGUAAAAGGCUCAAACACCAGGAGCCUUCAGACCAUCACAGCUCUCAGGGCCAUAGCGGGUGCACACGGGACCCCAGAACCAGCACAGCCCCUAUGCCCCUUAACAUGCCUAUGGGACCCCCCACACACUCCUCCUCCUGGCCCUCUGGCUCCCAGGCCAGCAUCCCCGCCGCUCCCUUCGCACCCGGAAUGCUACCCAUCUACCCGAUGUUCCCUCCCCUCGCACAGCCUUUCCCCCAACCCGUCCCUGAUCCCACACGAUUCCCCCCGACCCAACUGGUGCCCCCUAUGAUGGCCCUUGUGCUGCCAAACUACAUGUUCCCUCAGAUGGGAGCACCCAUCACUCAAGGGCCCGCCACACCCGGACACUUUUACAACCCAAACUUCACGCUUCCUGUCAACGCCCCCACUGUUAUUCCAAACCCCGUCCCCAUUCCAGCCACUUGCGCCCCUUCCCGCAGCAGCACCCCUCAGUCCUACAGUCAGACACCCGCUGACCGCGACGGUGCAGAGUCCCCCCUCUUCCAGUCUCGAUGCUCCUCUCCGCUCAACCUCCUGCAGCUGGAGGAGACGCCAAGCAACCGGUUGGAAGUCGCCACGGCUCUCGCUGCAUCACAGCAAGCCGCGCCUUCUGUGCAGGGCGGGGCCACUCAGCCGCUACAGAGCUCAGCCAAUCAAGGGACCUCCAAGGAGAAUGAGAACGGUGAAAAUAAUGAGUCCAAUGAAGACGCCAUGUCCACCUCCAGCGACCUGCUCCACAUGCUGCUGCAGGAAGACUCCCGCUCAGGCACUGGCUCAGCUGCCUCUGGUUCAGGGUCCUCAGGAACAAGGUCAUCCGGUUCAGGAUCCGGCUCCAACGGCUGCAGCUCCUCAGGCACCAGCGGCACAAGCAGCAGUCAGGGCAGCCACACCAGCAAGUACUUUGGCAGCAUUGACUCAUCGGAGAACGAUCACUCCCGCAAACAGCCAGCAGGGGGAAGCAGCAGCGCAGGAGGAGACGGUGGAGAGGAGCAGUUCAUCAAGUGUGUCCUGCAGGACCCGAUCUGGCUGCUGUUGGCCAACACUGACGAAAAGGUCAUGAUGACCUAUCAGCUGCCUGUCAGGGACAUGGCGACCGUGCUGCAAGAGGACCGGCAGGCCCUGAGGAGCAUGCAGAAACACCAGCCACGCUUCACAGAGGAGCAGAAGAGGGAGCUGAGCCAGGUGCACCCUUGGAUCCGCAAGGGACGUCUACCCCGAGCCAUCAACAUCUCUGGCUGCACGGGCUGCAAGUCUGCCCCCUCCACGCCCCCCGUCGCUCCAUUCGACGUUGAAAUCCAGGACAUGGAGCUGUGCAGCAUGCUGAAAUCUCAGGAGGAAGGCACUGGUGAGGAGAAGAAAAAACCCUCCGAGACCGCCAUGGAUGAAACUCACCAAGAGGACGAGGAGGAUGAGGAAGAGUACGAGGAGGAGGCAGAACAGAAAGACACUAAAACAUUAGACAGCAACCAGGAAAUGCCAGCAGAGGAGCCGAGGUCGACCUCAGAAGCUGCGGAACAGAAAGUUGAGGCCCAACAACCCGAGUCUCGCAUGACACAUUGAAUUUGUGGCCAAAGAUGAGAAGCACUAUCACCUUUUAGCGCUGAUACGCGGGUUAUAUGCACCUUCCAGGACUUUUCUGAGCACAGAAACAUGAUAACACAGGCUGCAAGGUGUCACACAUGCACCUUAAUGCACAGCAUUGCACAGGACUGAAGGCGUUCCAUAUUCACCUUCCAGGACCUUCCUGCAAUUAAAACAGUAACAGGUUAAAGGUGUAAAAUAUACACCUUCCGGGACCUUUCUGUGCUCCAGACAUCAUUACACACAGUGUAAAGUGUUAAAGCAGGAAUUAAAGGUGCAUAUUUGUUGAGAAAACUUCCACUCGUUGAUUGACAGGUCAGGUUCGACACCAGGCCGGGGUUCAGUCUUUGUGAAGUCUCACGCCAGCAAGCGAGGCACGUUGUAUGACUUCAUACUCAACGCCUUGGACACCGCAGGACACACACACACUUCUUGAAGAGUUGUAUUGUCCACCACGUUCCCCCUCAGCUGUCCCGGUAGCUCUUGACCUAUUUAUUUAAGUUACAACCAGAGAGGACAAAGGGGAAUGUGUUAUAACAAUGGCGCCUUUACGCAAAAGAUGGAUGUUGUUCACCACAGUGUCCUCCUCCCACGUCUUCAUCCCUCCUGCUCACGAGGAAAGAAGGGAGCUUAUCUGUGACUUUUAUUCUUCUUGUUGAAUGUUUCUGGAGUUCUCCACCUAGAUCUGUUUCCUUCACAGACUUGUGUUGGUUUAUUCUGAUGUACAAAGUUCCUCGCCCACUGAAGCACUACGAGAAAAGGCAACUUUUCUUUCAGUAGUCAAAAUGUACAGAACCAGGUUUAUUUUGUAAACAGUGUGUAUAUUUUUAUACUUAAAUUCACUGCAAAUAGAGAAACAGUAGAAGAGUGUCUUCACUGUAAAUGUCAGAAAAGCAGGAUGGAGAUCUGUUUUUUUUGAGUUCGCAGUGGAGAAGGAGAAACAAUCACUUCACCGUCUCUGAAACAGAGACACAUCUCGUGACACAGCAAUCUAGUUGCUUCACUCGAGCGAAGUGCCGAACACCGCGGGGCAAUGUGGCAAUCGCCUGGAGACCAACCUGGACUUUUGAAGGUUCGUCCUUGGCCAGGCAUUAGCUGAGUAUUUCCAAACUGAAGGCACCCUUAGGAGCGGAAAAGCGGGAGAGCAUUUGUUUUGCUUGCUCAUGGUGGUAGGUGUAUUCAAAAGGGGUGGACACCACUCUCUGCGAAGACUUGAGAGUUUGGAGAGUGUUUACUAUCUUUAUUCCUCUCUGUCCCCUUUCUCUCUCUCUCUGUGGCACUGUUCUGGUCAUGUGAUAUCCUAUGCUUUAUGGCGUCAGUGUUUGCAACAGUUUCUUAAUAUUUUUGUGAAAAUCUUUGUACAAAAAAAGACAAAUAAAAUGACAUGAAAAGCA